AUGCAGGUCCCGACUGUAACUCUGGAUGACCUCCAAGCCUUCCAAUCCAAGCAUUUCCCUAGACAACAGCCGGCCGUAAUUCCCCAAGAAAAUGAUGAGACCGAAGACGAUCUCGGAUACUACCCAGAUGGAGUGAAACGCACCCUCACAGACGAGCAGGUUCAGAUGUUCAGACACAGCGAAAUCCAUGCCCUCCUGCGAGAAAGGGAGCUCAAGCAUGACGAGGCGCAAUACCAAGGUCACACGCAGUCAUCCCGAGAUGAAGGAUCAGAUGUUAAAUCAGAUGCUGUAUCAGAAAAGCGACCGCUAGACACUGAGUCUCAGACGCAGGGUGGUGAUCGGAAGCGCUCGCAGUCGCGAAAGGGAUCUAAGAAACAAAUCCCAGAGGACAAGUCUCCUAAGCCCCUGGACUACGGGGACGACUCUGAUCAAACACAAAGGGCAAAGCCGCCGGUGUCGCAGAUGCCUUACCAAGGUCGCAGGAUUAUCUCUUACGAUGACUGA